AUGUCCAAAGCAUCCAUUUCCAAUGUUUUAAUAGCUGGUCUAACAUAUUCUCAGGGCACCGGGCGUCUCGGUCCACCAACCAUCAAGCAUUUGUUACUAAAUGGGUUCAACGUCAGCGUGCUGACUCGCGACCCCUCAUCAGCAAAGCUUCCCAACGAAGUCCAAGUCAUCAAAGCAGAUUACACCUCGGUCGAGACCCUCACUCCCAGCCUGACAGGACGCGGUUUCGAUGCGAUAGUCAUCAUUCUCAAUCGACUCGCUUAUGAUGCAUCGAUUAUCACAUUGCAAGCCGCCGUCAACGCUGGUAUAUACCGAGCUAUCCCGUCUUAUUUUGGCGUGUCGAUGGGUAACCCCGAGAUCGCCAACAUGCCUUUCAUGAGGACAAAGCUCCCUGUGUAUAGAGACGUUGAAGAUAAAGCCACAAAGGGCCAAAUCACGUACACUGGUAUAAACACUGGCAUGUUUCUUGAUUGGGUUCUCGAUGAAGAUAUCUUUGUCGGACUCUCGGGCAAAAUACCAACCCGUGUGGCAGAUGGCGGGGAUAUUCCAAUGUCCGCGAGUACCCUUGAUGACAUUGGAAAGGCCAUCGCAGCAGUUCUUUCGAAGCCCGAAGAAACUGUCAAUAAAGUCUACUACAUACACACAGUAGUGAUGACACAGAACCAAGUCUUGGACUACGCUCGUGAAGCUGCCCCGGAAAAAGAGUUCGUUGUCGAGCAAGUUGAUACAGCAGUCCUGGUUGAAACUGCGUGGAAGCGAUGGGAACAAGGCAUCAGAGACCGCAUUUCGACCCGCGACUUUGUCAUACGAGCGAGCUAUGGUCUAGGUAAUGGGUUCUUUCACAAGACAGAUAAUGCGUUUUUGGGUAUUCGUCAGUGGGAUGACGAUGAGCUCAAAAAGGAGAUAUUCAGGCGCGUCCACGCAAAUUCGACCGCCACUUGA